AUGUCCAAGGUAAAAAUAACUGUGAAACCAAGAGAAGCUCUAGUUGAUGAAAGAGUUCAUAUUGAAGUUGAAGGUCUACCCCAAAAUAAACCCAUUACUAUUAAAGCCUCAUUUCAGGAGGAAGGCCUGAGAUUCUGUUCCUAUGAAUGCUUUACCUCAACAGAGGGAGGUCACGUGGUUGUGGAGAGGCAUGUAUCUGUACAAGGAACAUAUACUGGUGUAGAAUCAAUGGGACUAUUCUGGAGUAUGAAACCCGAGCCUUUCCAGAGGCAACAUAUUAGAUUACUUAAGAGGAACGUGAUAACGCCCAUUGUUAUGACAAUUGCUGUAUACGAAGGACACCUGUGCUGGGAUGAGCUCUUUGAUCCGCCCACUAAACCCGUAGCCACAUCAAAAGUUUACAGAUGGUACAAGCACGAGAGUGUUCGAAGAGAAAAAGUGAGGGAAGGGAAUAUUAGAGGUGUACUUUUCACUCCUUCAGGGCCUGGACCAUUUCCCGGAAUAAUUGACAUGUUCGGUAGCGGAGGAAGCGUUUUUGAACAAAGAGGGGCUCUAUUGACUUCUAAGGGCUUCUGUGUUCUCUCACUGGCCUUCUUCGCUUAUGACGAUAUUUAUUCGAUGAAGUAAAGUUUACGCCCUAUGGAGUCGAUACAACAGGAUUUCAUAACCCUUCUGACGAUUUCUACAUCAAUGUAUGGACCAGUCUUGCCUCCGUGCUGUGUAUUGUGGGAGAAGAUGACCAUAUUCUGAAUCCAAAACUUACUGAAAGAUUCAU